AUGAGUAAGAAAGGAAGAGGCCGCGUUAAGAGGAAGGAGGUGCAGAGUGAUGACGGGUGGACUGUUAUUACCCAUGGCUUGGCGAGUAUCCCGCUUGAUGGGAAUGGAAAGAAGGAGACAGAUGCUGGGUCCUUGCCUACGAGGAUUGUGGAGGAAUUAACGGCAGAGAAAUUAUUGGACGAUUUUCGCCUCCUUGAAGAGCGGUGGGAAGAUACUUUGCUUGCGAAGCAAGUCAAAGAGAUUGUGGAGAAGAGAAGCGCUGAUGGCAAAUGGGGUGUUGAAGAAGCGGUAUGCAUUGGCAUCGGCAGUUUCAGUCGAGAUUGGGCACAUCGGUGGAGGAGUCUGUGGCAGCUUGUACUGUUUGUCGAUGUAGUCGGGCGACUCAAAGACGAAAACAAGGACAUCAAGAUACAGUGCUUCGCCCAAGACCCAGCAUUCACAGCCCUCGACAUCGAAUUUCUAUCUCACUUCUCCAUCACGGUCCUCGACUCCGAUCUCCAGGCCCACAUUGCGUCCAAUUCCUUCGUCUACUCGCCUUUCGUGGACUGGUUCCUUCUCCUACCAACUUUCCUCAAAUCGAAAGACCCGGUGUUGUACGUAGGCAACGAGAUUCUGGAUGACUAUAGUGUGUAUGCGCAAACCAAAGAGAAGAAAGAGCGGCUAGAGGAGUGCAAUGAGGUGGGCAAGAAGUGGAUAGAGGGUAGAGAAAAGGUGGCGCUAAGAGAGUUUGAAAAGCAUGGGAAUGCGCUGAAUGGGAUGGUUGUUUAUUUGAGGAAGAGUGAUGAGGACGCAGAGGAAGAGGAAGAUACAGAGGCGAAGUCGAGGGAAGAUCAUAACAAAGAGGCGGCUUCCAAAGAAGAUACCUAG